AUGGCAGACGACACACGGGAACCGUCCAGCGCACCCGAUACUCCUCCCACUCCCACCACCUCCAACUCCACCCCCAGCGACAGCGACAGCGACAGCACAGCACGGCCGAUCCGACGGCCACGGCCGAAGCACGACUUCCCGCAGUCACAGGCGGGCAAGCUGUGGGACGCGUUUGGGAACCCGGCCGAGUCCGCCAACACGUUACCGGGGGGCACGUACAAUUCGGCGGGCGGGAAGCCGGCGCCCGUGACGUGGCGGGAUGCGUUCAACUUCUCGUACGAUGCAAAGGGCCCCGCGUGGUAUCAGGUGCCCUGUGCGAGGGACUCGCUGCUGGUGGGCAUUGGAGGUGGAGGAGCGGUCGGGGGCCUGAGUUUUAUUUUGAAAGGUCUUAAAUCCCUCGGUCGAUCGGCCAAUUUCGCCGUGGGCGGAUUCGUCGUCACUUCCAGUGCUAUGUACUACUGGUGUGAUCGGAGGCGCAAAGAGGAGGCUCGAGGCAUGGCUGCUGCCGUCGUCGGUAUGAAGAUGCUACAUGAGAAGAAGGCGAAAGAGCAGGCCGCCAAGGAGGCCGCCGAAGCCGCUGCCGCCGCGGCCAGAGCUGAAGCGGAAGCAGAGGCUAAGCGCAAUAAGCGGUGGUAUAAGGUCUGGUAA